GGCAACAUCUGGUCCACGUCGUCAUUUCCGAGACCGAAGAAUAGGGUUCGUUUGGUUUGCUACCCUGUACCGCCCGAUUCUACACACAGUUCACAACGGUCUUAGUUAACGUCCUAGGCCACAAUCUUCACUGUAUUAGCCUUGCUGCCAUGACAGGUAUUACCCCGAGGGCAGCAAUAUUUUUCAGGCAAAUGUUAAUAAGCGGUAGUUUUGUACUGUGUGGAAUCUAAGCAAACAAGGGGCGUUUGAGGAUACCGUUACCGUUCGAUUGAGCGAAGCGCAGGAGUGUAUUACACCAAAAUGGCAACCCCCUAUGUCACAGAUGAAUCUGGAAAGUAUAUUGCUGCCACUCAGCGACCUGAUGGAACAUGGAGGAAGCCAAGACGGGUGAAGGAUGGUUAUGUUCCGCAGGAGGAAGUCCCAGUCUAUGAAAACAAGUAUGUGAAGUUUUUCAAGAGCAAAUCAGACCUGCCCCCUGGCCUGAACCCAUCUGAGGCAGCUCCACCAAAGCAGCAGCAGCAGAAGAUCCCUGGUGUAGAAAACGAGACAGCCGGUCUCUCAAAGUCGGCCAAACGCAACAUGAAGCGUAAAGAAAAACGAAAACAACAGCAGCAGCAGGGCCAGAAUGGAGAUGUGGAUGUGGAAUCAGUGAACGACGCUGUUGAGAAUGUGUCCAUUUCAGAGGGCAGUGAGUCUUCAAACAAGAUGGCGGCAUCAGUUUCUGUCUCAUCUCCAGAUGAUUCCUCAGCAGCAGCAGCAGCAGCUGAAAAGGCCAAGAAGAUCAAAAACCUGAAAAAGAAGCUGCGACAAGUCGAGGACCUGCAGCAGAAAGUGGACUCAGGGGAAAUAAAACAGCCAACAAAGGAUCAGCUGGAAAAGCUGGGUCGAGCAAAGGCCUUAGAAGAUGAGCUACAGCAGCUGGAGAAUGAUUCAUGAAGCAAUAAGGGACAGCAGAAGAGUCAGACAGACUGAACAAACAAACUACACACUGAAAUGCAGGAAAAGGCAUUUUUGCAGCUUUGUGAUCAUAGCAUCUAUUAAACAUAUUCUACCUGUUUGAUAUUCAUUAUGAACUUUAGAAGUGAACACAGGACAUUUCAAGCAGAGAAGAAAAGGACGUCUGUAGCAGGCAGCACAACUUCAGAACUGACAAGCCUGUUUUCUUCAAAUCUAGAUAACAGUAUGACACACAUACCUGUACUAGCCAGGCCAUUCAUUUAUAAAUACCUUUUAAAGACAUUGAAUUGUACUGUGCACGUCUGUCCUUUGCAUUUUGUACCUUUUCAUAGUAUCAGAGGUCACCUCUAUGUACACGAAAUGGAGAAAAUGUUGGUGUUGAAUAUACGGAUAGUUGACAAAUGAAAGGAAACACUAGCAUAAAGUGACCAACACAGGCUUUUUAGUGAAGAGUCUCCAGAACACCUUCAGUGCUCCUCAGAUGGAGCAUAUUCCCUCAUCGUGUUCGACACAUUAAACCACCCAGUCACAUAGAGCUGCAUCCAUUAGUCAGUUCACUGAUAGAAAAUUAACCGGAAACUACUCUGGUUCCACCUUCUUUAAUGCGAGGAACAGAUGCUCUUUUUUUUUUUGGACAUACUGGACAUGAAAAUAAAAUACACAGACUUUACAUAGAUUAAAGCUACAUGCUGUGUAAAUGUUUCUCAUGUUGCUUUUUAGUAGAGUAAACAAGUGAAUAGCAUGAAUAACCAGGAAAUUAUUUUAGAAGGCAGGACACAAGUUCUUAUUUUAAAAGAAAUCUAUAUUUUGGUGUCACUGGGUAUUUUGGAAACAAGUUAUGCACUGUAAGCAUAAGACUGGGGAUAUUGUAUAUUUUUCUUAUUGUCAACAAUUCCCAUAAAAGACCAAAACUAAUUGUGAAUUGAUCCUACCAACGAGUAUUGUCUGUGUAGCCAAAGCCUGUUCUUUCUUAUUCCUUCCUCUGUGCCCUGGAGCUUCAUUGUUGUCCAGAAACUAUUAAAAAGAAACAUCAAUGA